CAGACUUGUGACUCGGUUAAUCCAGAUGAUUUCUCUGUUCCAACGCGGCACAGGCGCAAAACCCUUGCUGAUAUCAUGACGAUUGACCGAGAGUUGAUACUUUCGCCGAAUGUGAGCAUCAAUCAUAGCGUUCUCCCUGCAACCAACAUACAGAUAAAAUAACGUUUUAUGUAAUUGACCAGCCCUUUUAUGGCAGUUGCCUUCAUGGCUAGCAGUGCUGUAAGCUUCAUCAGUGAUCUGGUCAAAGAGGCACAGUCAAGGCAUCAUGUGAUGAUGACUCUUCUUGAUCUAUAAGUACUUGUUGAUGGACAUGAACUUUCCAAACGUCACUACAGUUUCCCAACCACUUUAGAGCCUUUGGCAUUACAGAAUCAUUGGCCGGACUUGCCAUCAAGCUAUCAAAAUGAAGCUGAUCCCAUCCCUCUUAACCACUUUGCUCGGCGGUAGCAUGGCGAACGCCAAAUACACCGUUGAAAUCCCAAAAGAUGCUGUCUGGGUCACCAACUGGGACGAGCUGAAAGCUGCCCCUCGAUUCGCAGGAGUUCUCCUCCCCAAGUAUGGAGGCUUUGUCAUUGAAGUCGAUGAGAGGAUUGUCUUGGCUACGGAUGAACAAAUGAGCAAGGAAGUGCUCAACUUGCUCAUGGAUUUGGAGAAAAAAGACCCGCAGCCUGAUGACAAGCAGACUACUCCUAGCAAGAGAGAUGUGGAAAUUCGAGGUUAUGCAAAUAGAUGUUCUCAUCCUCCUUGCUUUGGCCCAGGGCUUUGCUCUCAGUACUCUCAUUGUCAUGUGUGUGCUGGACUUACUGGAGCAGUUUUCAAGAGGGGCAGGUGUAUUUGAGCCUGGCAUUAACAGUCAACUUGGUUGCUAGUCAAUGGGGGCAGCAAAACCUUGCGGCGUUGGCUGCACAAGGAACCUUUUUUGGGAUGAUUUGAUUAGAAAUAGGCAGAUUCAGGACUUUGAAGAGGGGCCUUUUGAGAAUGGUUUACGCUAGUAAAAAUCAUUACGUUUAGAUCGAGCCAUGUUCUUCCUGUUGUUGGUUGGGUGACUGUUGGUUGGUCUUACAGCAGGGAUUAGAAGACAGUCAUCACAUGUCUAACUGAAUGAUGCAGCAUGGCUCUUAUGAUUGAUAAGAGCAACGCCAUCAGAUUUGCCGAGAUUUAUGGCUCAAGGUCAAGACGGCUUUCCCUUUCAACUUUCUAUCCCUACAUCAAAAUAUUGCAGACGAUGUCUCAAUCCAAUACAGAGAUUCACGAAUCAAUCGAUCCUGAAGCAACAUGCUGCAGCAGCGAAGGCUGCAUCGCCUACAAAGACCUUUCACCUGAUCAAAAAGAAAUAAGCGACAUUCUGCGCAACAUGGAUCGCGAUCCUGAUCUAUUGGGUCUUGCAGACCUCGGCAGAGACGGAGUUUUCCGCUUCCUCGACGCUGAUCGCAACAUUCACUACGCCGUUCCUCUACGACCUGCACUUGUCAAAGCCCUUAUUGAUCGUUUACCCUACGAUCCGGAAGUUGAGGCAUUUUGGCGUGGCGUGGAUGGGACGAAAGUGCCUGAAGAACAGUGGUAUAACCCGCCUGAAGGAAUACUUCCUCCGCCUUUGACGGAGGAGGAGAGGAGGGAAGAAAGGAAGAUUAUGGAGAAGAAUAGAGAUAAGAUUGAUAAGGUUAGGGAGGAUUUGAAGAAGGGGAUUCAUCGGGAGCGUCUUGUAUUUAUAGAAUCGGAUAACAAGCUCGAGUAACUUUCGGGUCUCAACAUCAGACGACCUGGUCUGAGCUGGAACUGAGUGCGCUAUUUUUAGUUGACCCCACUGCACCAAGCCUCUCAUUUACGCCUUGACUUGGAAUUGAUCUUGGUACAAACACUAGAGCUUAGUCUUGCGAGUCAUGUCCAUGAGAUUUUAGCAUGUUUGUCUCAAGCUAAGUAGAUAUCGGAGGGAGAUUCCGUCGAUAAUAGUCAAGGAAGUUGAUAGCAAUGAGAAUACGAGGCGCCUGUGGAUCGCGAUCAUACGUGUUGUUGUGCCCUGCUGCACUAAACCCAGUGAGGACAGGGCUGCUCUUCUGUCGGAUUUGGCGGGUCGGCCAGGUCGGUAACUGAAGAUGGUCCAGGGUAUUUUCGUGAUAGCGCUCACG